GAGACCGCGGACUGCUGCGUGGAAAAUAGUUUUGUUGACUUUUCUUAAAUUCUUAGCGUUUGAAAACGGCUUAAAGUAGUCAUCUAGUAGUCCUUUAGCUUCAGGUACCUUUUACUAUGGUGACAGGAGAUCCCGGGGCCACAGAGCCCACAUCUUCAGCCGGUUCAGAUGAUGACGACUACACAUCAUCCAUGUCCCACCUCACCAUCGGCCAGCAGAUACAAGAGCUGUCCAAGCGGCUGCAAAACACCACUGAGGAGCUGCAUCAGCAAGUGCGUGACAAGCACGGAGCGCUGCUACAGCAGGCCACCCAUGCAGGACGCUUUGAUGCUGCUCUCAAUACGCUAGCGGAGGAAGUGCAGCGGGUACGAGAGACCGGACAUCGCCUCAAGGGCCAAGUGGAUACGCAAUACCAAUUGGUGAAGAAUCAAACUCAAGUGCUGGGUCGCCUUCAUGACGUCAGCCAUUUACUGCGCUCGGCCGGGACGCUUCUUGCCCUGACGGCCAAAUUAAAGAGCACCAAAGAUGUGCUACGUCAGGCGGAGCUCCAUUUCGAGCUGGCGCAGCUAAUAGAUGACAAGGACCUGAAGGACAUUGAGUUUGUGCAAAAGGAGCGUGCUUUUGUGAUCAGCUCGGGCCAGAAGAUUCGGAAUCUGACGCAGAUGCAGUUGGUUACUGGACUCCAGGAGCGCAAUCAAAAUCAAGUGGUUAAUGCAUUGAAGAUCUUCAUGAACUUCAAUACACUGGAGAAAUCCCUUGAGAACCUGUUGGCCACAUUCAUAGCCGACAUGGAGCAAUCCCUUAAGGAGUGUUUUGCCGGAAACGACAUUUCGGUGCUCAACAAGUCGCCCACGCAAGGAACUGGCAGCUCCACGAGUAAACCUGCUGCAUCCCGUGGCCCGGGCAAGACGCCACAGUUAACUACAACGCAAAAUUUCCGAGCAAAAUUCUGGAAAUCUUUGCACUGGCUGCUGUACGACGAGCUCUAUGAAAGUUGCACCCAGAUCAAACUGCUCAAAGCGGCUCUGGAGCAGAUUAAUCAGUUUGGUUACACUUCCGAGUCCUCGGAUCAAUACAUACCCCGGCGCUUCUGGCAGAAAGUGCAACAGUUGCUGCGAAAAUCCUUCGAUGAGUGCUCACAACAUGUCACCCAGACCCUGCAGGAGGGUCUGUCCAAGUUGCUGACUUCGGCACGCGGUCUGGAGCAGCGUCUAAAUGGAGAAUUUAAGUUUGAGAACGAACUAUUUGCUCCACUGGAGGUGGGCUAUGUGAGCAAGUGCGCUGCCAACAUGAAGGCUUGCCUGGCCGGCGUUGAUUUGCCAGGAAAUGAGACAGUGGACAACUUUAUACGCGUGGCUUCCACUGAGCUGAGUGCUGCCUUGAUUGAUGGGCGUCUGACAAAUUCGAUAGCGAAUGUCUUUAUCGCCUGUGGCAAGGAACUGUGCACCAAACUGGAGGCGCAAAUCAAAUUAGGUGCCGACUCCAAGCAGGUUGUGGACCUGCCCAAUCUUCAGCAGCAGCAGAAUACUACGCUGGCAAAUGUUCUGUAUUACUACAAAGAUUCAGUACGACGCAUGCUGAGCGAUCUGCAAGUGCAGUUCGAAAAGACCCCAGGAACGGCUAGGGACAAUAUUUUCCGCUCCCUGGAGCAGGCAGAUUUGCUUAUUGGAACCAUUUUGCAGCAGAUUAUGGAAUCAAUCAUUACAACUAUAAGCAUCAUUAUCCUGAGCAUGCACCGUGAGCCGGGGCUAAACUCGGAGAGGCUGUCCACCACGGGUCCCUCAAUGUACAUGAAGGAAUUGCAGGAGUUUGUUAGCCGUUCCUGGUCGAAUCACAUUGCCCUUUUCGAUGAUAAGCCCAUGACGACGAAAUGUGGCCACGAGUUGGCAAAGCGUUGCAUAGAGCUCUUCCUACACAAUGUCUGCAUUUUGCGUCCCCUGAGCGGAGCGGGAAGACAGCGGCUAAAGCAGGAUUGCCAGCAUAUGGAUCAAGGCCUAAGGCCGCUCUGUGCCAAUCUUGCCGAACUUGGCAAGCCCUCGCGACUUUUGCGCGCCAUGUCCCUGCUUAUCGUUCAGAGCCCGCAAGAGCUGGUGAAGCAAACGAUCGGAGAAGAUUCUCUGGUUCCCAGUUACAUUGUGCUGCUGCUCCUAUUUGGCCACGCUGGAGCGGACCUUCAGUCGCCACACACCACCGCCAAUUGGUCAAAUGAACGUCUGAUCGAGUGGUUGGAUGGACAUACGGCGGAAAGGGAGAAAUUGGAGCUGAUUUCGGGGGCACUACAAAGAUAUAGGGAUAAUGCCAGGCGCAAGAAUAUUCAACAAUAUGACGAGGUCUAUCCCAUGAUGGUGGAUUAUUUUGAACAGGCCCUGAAGGCUAUUCCAUAAUUAUUCUUUAAAGAUCGUAAAAUAUUUAAAAUAAAUUAUGUAACACCCUUUUAAAAA